AGAAAAAAAAGAGGACCUGUGAUAAUUGCCUAUGAUAAUUCAUUUCUUGAGAAACCAUAUUAUUGAGUGGAAACUUCAAAGUAUUGAAUCUUGGAGGAAUGGCUUUCAUUCAUUUGGAUGUCGGAUUCCUCUAUACCCUGCUUGUUUGCACAGCAUUUGGCUCUAUGCUUUCAAAUGCUGAGAUAAAAGUUAAUCCUCCUCAGGAUUUUGAGAUAGUGGACCCUGGAUAUUUAGGUUAUCUCUCUUUGCAAUGGCAACCUCCAUUAUUUCCGGAUAAUUUUAAGGAAUGCACAAUAGAAUAUGAAUUAAAAUACCGAAACAUUGAUAGUGAAAACUGGAAGACCAUCAUUACCAAGAAUCUACAUUACAAAGAUGGGUUUGAUCUUAACAAAGGUAUUGAAGCAAAGAUAAACACACUUCUGCCAGCACAAUGCACAAAUGGAUCAGAAGUUAGAAGUUCAUGGGCAGAAACUACUUAUUGGACAUCACCACAAGGAAAUCGGGAAACUAAAAUUCAAGAUAUGGACUGUGUAUAUUACAACUGGCAAUAUUUAGUCUGCUCUUGGAAACCUGGCAUGGGUGUCCAUUUUGAUACCAAUUACCAGUUGUUUUACUGGUAUGAGGGCUUGGACCAUUCAGCAGAGUGUACUGAUUACAUCAAGGUUAAUGGAAAAAAUAUGGGAUGCAGGUUUCCCUAUUUGGAGUCAUCAGACUAUAAAGAUUUCUACAUCUGUGUUAAUGGGUCAUCAGAAUCCCAGCCUAUCAGACCCAGCUAUUUUAUUUUUCAGCUUCAAAAUAUAGUUAAACCUAUGCCACCAGACUACCUUAGUCUUACUGUGAAGAAUUCAGAGGAAAUUAACCUGAAAUGGAACAUGCCUAAAGGACCCAUUCCAGCCAAAUGUUUCAUUUAUGAAAUUGAAUUCACAGAAGAUGGUACUACUUGGGUGACUACCACAGUUGAGAAUGAGAUACAAAUCACAAGAACAUCAAAUGAAAGCCAAAAAUUAUGCUUUUUGGUAAGAAGUAAAGUGAAUAUUUAUUGCUCAGAUGAUGGAAUCUGGAGUGAGUGGAGUGAUGAACAAUGCUGGAAAGGUGACAUAUGGAAGGAAACCUUAGUAUUUUUCUUGAUACCAUUUGCUUUUGUCUCAAUAUUUGUUUUGGUAAUAACUUGCCUGCUUUUGUAUAAGCAAAGGGCUUUACUGAAAACGAUCUUUCAUACAAAAAAAGAAGUCUUUUCUCAUCAAGACACAUUCUGUUGACUCAGUAACUUUCAGUCUUAUGGCCAGAUGUUAAAUAUGAGUCUUAUUAAACUGAAGCUUUUCCUCAAAUAUUGAAUAAAUCUUAUUUUAAAA